AUGGGCAGGAACCAGCUGGGGCUGGGAGGGUUAGGUGGCUGCCGGUCUCUCCAGGAACCAACGAGGAGGCGCUCCGCCGAGUGGUCUCUGCAAGAGCCUGACGCCCGCCCUUUCCUGCCCGCCGUGACCGCGGAGUCCCCCAAAUUCCUGGGAGGAACCCCCCCAGGGCUCCCUGAGCGGGUCCUCAGACUGAGAGAGCGGGCUGGAAUUCAGCUGGGCCCCAAGGCCCUGAGCUGGGGCGGCGCCGGCCUGAAGGUUCCAGCCUCCGAGUGGCGCAGAGCUCUGCUCGCGCACCUUAGGCCAGAGGAGGAAGGACCGGAGCGCAGCACUGGGACCCCGGAGCCAGAGCCUCGGGUUCGCUCUCCGCUGGGCUGCUUCGAGAACCUAGAUUCGAAAAGAGCUUCCGGAGGUCACGUCUAUGCACUUCUCCACCACUACCCCCUAAGUCGUCGGGGGGAUAAAAGGGGAGGAGAGGGGUUCGCCGCAAAUUGGCCUGGCGAGGAAGAUAAAUAUAAUACUCCAGUGGAACGAAGAUCUGGACCGAGGGCUGAUGGCGCCGCAGCCUUGCUCCCGGGAGUCCUGGCCGCCCUGUUUUUUCACUAUUCGAGAUCGCUCGCUGCUCUCCUAGCCUUCCUCCUGAGUCUCUCAGCCGCUGGACCGAUACAUUUGCCUAUACCCUGGCCCAAUUCCAGGCGACUCCGGGUCCCGGCGCUCUCACACGCAGCCCCGAACUCCCCAACCCCGAAGGCCCGACGCCCCAGGCAUCUGGAAGCCAGAGGCUCGGUUGAGUGGUUAAAGCCGAGCAGACCGGCGGGUUUCCCUGAAAUGGCGAGCUUCUACCGGAAGGGGGCGCCCUUGUCUUUUUAAUAGGCCAAACACACUGGUAGCGAAAUAAAUCUCUAAAAUCCCAAAUCUUUUGUUUGUUCUAAAAUUAUUGAGAGAGAAUAAUAGAAGA